AUGGCUGGAACUGGCGAGGGAAAGAAAGAAGAGGCCGACUACAAGAGACUACACAGCUUCCCUCUCAUCAGGCACACGGACAUGCCGGAGGAAAUGCGUGUGGAGACAAUGGAGUUGUGUGUAACCGCGUGUGAAAAAUUUGCCACCAACAAUGAGAGCGCCGCCAAAAUGAUUAAGGAAUCCAUGGACAAGAAGUUUGGCAGCUCGUGGCAUGUGGUGAUCGGCGAAGGCUUCGGUUUUGAGGUCACGCACGAAGUCAAGAACUUGCUAUACAUGUUCUUUGGUGGAAGUCUUGCCGUAUGUGUUUGGAAGUGCUCCUAG